AUGGCUGAGGUGAUGCAAGCUCCCAAUUACUGGGAUCUCCUUUCUUUACCAGACCAGGAGGCCUACAUACAUCUUCAGAGACAACUCAGCAGCAACCAUUUCAAGCAUUCAAAGCAUUCAGCUCUCCAAGACUUAGAUAAUGUCUUCGAGACAAUUAAAACAUAUACAAACAAAGGAAACGCCGAAGAUUGGAAAAGAAGUUCAGCAUGCGGUGUUUACUUCAUAAACGACUGCAUAGCUGUUAAUCCAGCCCAACUUAGUAUCCUUACAGAUAGUUCAAAGACAUCUAUCAAUAGUCAACUCGAGAGAAUGAAGUAUGUAUCAAUUCCAUCAACGAGUGAAGCAGGAAAAGAAAUAAUAAAACAAAUUCCAAAUCUAUCCUACAAAAGCAGCGAUUCUCAAUGGGUUGUUCGUAAAAAGUUCACAAUGACACCUCAACCAUUGAUUAUUGAUCACAAAUCAAAGAAUAUAAGUUUAUUUAAUACUCCACAGCCAAAUAAUCCUCUCCAAAGUCCAAAAGUUCCCAGCGAACCCGAGUUUGAAGAGGAAUCGUUUUACGAUGACCCAUUCAUGGUCCCAAUAAAAGGUUGGGAAGAAUCGGCUCAACUUCAUGAUUCAACAAACAAACUCGAUUCCAUGGCAAAUCUUAUAUAA